AUGAUUAAAUCACAAGCUUCUUAUUCUAUAGUUAAAACUUCAUUGCAGCCAGGUCUAAUUCAAAAAAGAUUACUAAUGUCAAAUCGUAUUUUAAAGCAAAAAAAUUCUUCCAAACAAAAUUCUUUUGAAUUUGAUUCUGGUAAUAACGAAUUUUAUAUUGCAGAACAUGAAAAUGCUUAUUAUCAAGGAAAUCAAUAUUCUUCAAAUUUUAAAGGUUUAACUUUCCAAAAUCAGAGUAAAUUACCUGAUUUACCAAUCCCAGAGUUAAAUCAAACCAUUGAAACUUAUUUAAAAUCUAUCAAACCUUAUUGUUAUAAUAAUCCAAAUUUAUAUAACGAACAAGUUUUAAAAUGUAAUGAUUUGAAAAAUAAUUUAGGUCCAAUUUUACAACAAAGAUUAAUUCAAUAUCAGAAAAAUGAAAAUAAUUUAAAUAAAAAUCAUUGUUUGAACAGAAAUUGGUUACAAAAAUUUUGGGAUAAUGAAGUUUAUUUGGAAUAUAACGAUCCUGUUGUACCUUACGUUUCAUAUUUUUUCUCUCAUAAAGAUUUACCAGUUUCUCAUUCAAAAAUUGGUAAUGAUUAUCUAAUGAAAUCAACUGCUAUUAUUUCAAUUAUUGUCAAGUUCAUUGAAGCUUUGAAGAUUGAAGCCAUUCCUCCAGAAGUCAUUAAAGGUACUCCAUUUUGUAUGAAUUCUUUCAAUCUUAUGUUUAACAAUUCAAGAGCUCCUGAUCUUGAAAAUAACACUGACACAAAUAUAUUUUAUUCUAUUUAUGAAAACAACUUCAUUGUUGUAGCUUACAAGAAUAAUUUCUACAAAGUUUUAACCCAUGAUCAAGAAACUUUAAAACCUUACUCACCAAACCAAAUUUACAAGCAAUUGUACAACAUUAUUACUUCAAAGAGAGCACCUUUGAACACCAAUGGAAUCGGUAUUUUAACUACUUUGCCAAGAGACCAAUGGAGAGAAACUUAUUCAAAGUUGAUUCAAAAUCCAGAAUCAAAAGAAGCAUUGGAAACCAUCCACAAGGCAUCCUUCAUGUUAUGUUUAGAUGCUGACACAACAACUAUCACUUUGGAAGAAAAGGCAAGAAACUCAUGGUAUGGUGACGGUACUAACAGAUUCUUUGAUAAACCAUUGCAAUUCUUUGUUACUGCUAAUGGCUCUUCUGGUUUCUUAGGUGAACAUUCAAAGAUGGAUGGUACCCCAAAUUUAUUUUUGAACAAUUAUAUGUGCCAAGAAAUGUUGAAAUUGAAUCCAAAUGAAUUUGUUGCUGAAGUUCUAAACAAUGAAACAUCCGUAGAAGUUGCAAAACCAGAAAAACUAGAAUUCCUAAUAACUCCAGAAAUCAAUCAAACCAUUAAGACUGCAACAACAGUUUUUACAAAUUUAAUGAAGGAACAUGAUGUAAAAGUUUGGCAUUAUAACAAAUAUGGUAAGAAUUUAAUCAAGAAGCACAAGAUGUCACCAGAUGCAUUUAUCCACCAAAUUAUUCAAUUAGCUGUAUUUAAAUACUUCGGUAAACAAUUACCUACUUAUGAAGCAGCUUCUACUAGAAAGUUCUUUAAGGGUCGUACUGAAACUGGUAGAUCUGUUUCAAUGGAAUCUUUUGAUUUUGUUAGAAAAUGGCAAGAUGACAAAGUAUCUUUGGAAGAAAAAGUUGAGUAUUUGAGAAGAUCUGCCAAGGCGCAUGCAACCUACUUAGGUAUGGCUUCAAAUGGUCAAGCUAUCGAUCGUCAUUUCUACGGUUUGAAGAACAUGGUCAAUAAGGAAACUGACGAAGUCCCAGAAUUAUUCAAGGAUCCUUUAUUCAAUUAUUCUUCAACAUGGUUAAUUUCAACUUCCCAAUUAUCUUCAGAACACUUUGAUGGUUAUGGGUGGUCUCAAGUCAAUGACAACGGUUUCGGUUUAGCCUAUAUGAUUAACAAAGAUUGGUUACAUAUCAACAUUUGUACAAAACCAGCUAAGAGCGGUUUUGAUGUAAACAAGAUGCAUCAUUACUUAAACCAAGCUGCUGAUGAAAUAAUGGAAGUUCUUGAAGCAACUUCUGCUCCACAAGAAUCUUUGUCUGCCAAAUUGUGA